CGGAAGUGGAAUAAUCAGACUGGACAGUGGCCAUAGUGAUGGUGAAAAAAGCAAACGGAACCAUUCGCCUAUGUGGAGAUUAUUCAACCGACCUGAAAGAAGCACUGAAUCUCCAUCAAUAUCCGCUACCACUACCGGAGGAUCAUUUCGCCAAACUCAACAGCAAUCGCAUUUUCGAAAAGAUCGAUCUCUCGGAUGCCUAUCUACAAGUGGCAGCCGAUGAUGACGUACGGCGCCUUCUUACAAUUAAAACUCACCGUGGCCUGUAUCAGUACAAUCGGCUACCGUUGGGAGUGAACGCUGCUCCGGGACUCUUUCAACAACUGAUGGACACUAUGCUAGCGGAUAUACCAUCGGCUUGUGCAGUUGGAUGAUAUUAUUGUCGCAUCAACAGACAGUACCCAUCAUAGUUG